AAAAGUAGCCGUUACGAUAAUAUAGCGCCUCUUUCUCUCAUAUCAUAAACAAAACAAAAAAAUACGAAUUUUUUUUUCAUUCAAUUUCGUUUCAUUUGUUUUUGUUUAUCCGAAUUCACUCUCUCACACACUCAAUUUUCAAUCUUUCUCAAUUUUCUGAAUACCCUUUUAAAUUCCGAUCAAAUCGGUGUAUUUUUUGGGGGCAAAAUCAAACUUUUUCAAUGACUCCAGAGAAACCCUCGCACACUGAAAAUCUGAAUCCCAACUUGUCUAAUCGUAGCGUUCUUCAAACAUCAUUGAACAAGAACAUUAAUGUUGUUUCGCAUCAGAAUAGAAUUCGUCAGAGGAAGUUUGUUGUGGCGAAGAAGAAGAAGAAUCGGUGCUCUGAGAAGAAAACGGUUUUGUGCAAGUGUAAGGAAAAUAGUGAUGGAGGUAAGUGUGUUUGUGAAGCAUAUGAGAAUUUAAGGGCUUCCCAAGAAGGAUUUUUCGAUAAAGAUAAUAUUUUUGAUGAUGAGGGGGGAGUGAAAGAGGAAGAGACAGAAGAAGAGAAAGCUGAGAAUGUUCUUGAAGAGGUUAUUGAAGCGAAUUUGAUUAUUCAUGAUGUUGGUAAUGAAGAAAGGAAAUUGGAUGAAGAUGAUGAUGACGAUGAUGAUGAUGAUGAAGAGGAUGAAGAGGAUGAAGAGGAUGAAGGAAAGGGUUGUCAUACUGCUAUGGUGAAGCGUAGGAGGGAGAGAGUAUUGGAAGAGGCGAGGAAUAGUGUUCCGGAGAAUGGGAAGGUUAAGCAUUUGGUGAAGGCUUUUGAGAGGCUUUUGAGUAUAAAUAUUUUUAAGGAGAAAGAGAAUGAUGAUGAGAAGAAGAAAGUGAUGAAAUGGGCAUUACCUGGAUUGCAAUUUCAACCAGGUUUUAACGAAUCUGAAACUGGAGAAGUUGAUGGUGGUUGUGAUGAAAUGUUUAAUUGCAUUUUGACAUCUGAACAGCUUGGAUUGGAUCAAAGGAAUUCGGUUUCGUCUUCUUGGGAUUGCGGCAAUGGAAGUGCUUGUGGCAGGAAUUCUUCUGGUGGUAGAAGAAGUAGAAGAAGUAGCUUGGAAUCAUCUAGUGUUGUUGGAGGAAGAAGGUGGAAGAAGAAGCAGAAGCUAAAAAUCACUAGUCAGAAACCUUUUAAGCUAAGAACUGAGCAAAGGGGAAAGAUGAAAGAGGAACAGCUUAUGAAGAAGGUAAAAGAUAUUUUGACAGAAGAAGAGAAAUUGAGGAUACCGAUUGCACAAGGUCUUCCAUGGACCAUAGAUGAGCCCGAGUGCUUAGUAAAACCUCCGGUAAAAGAAAGCACGAAGCCUAUUGAUGUAAAGCUUCAUAGUGAUAUAAGGGCCAUUGAUCGCGCCGAGUUUGAUCAUCAGGUGGCUGAGAAAUUGAGUCUCAUAGAACAACAGAAAAUGGAAAUGGAAAGACAGCAAAAGUUGGCUGAAGAGGAAGAGAUUCGUAGAUUGAGGAAGGAACUCAUUCCUAAAGCACAGCCAAUGCCUUAUUUCGACCGACCUUUUAUUCCAAGAAGGUCGAUGAAGCAUCCAACAAUACCAAGAGAACCAAAAUUUCACAUACCACACCAUAAGAAGAUCAAGUGUUUGUCAUUGAAUGAAAUGAAAUCAUACUCUUCAUACUUCAACUGAGAUAUCAUAAAUCUUUUACUGAUGAGAGAAAGGAUUCAUGUGUCUUUCAUGGAAUGAACAAUAUUCAUUUUGCUGAUGAGAAGGAAAAUAUUCAUUUUGUAUAGCAAGCAAUAAUAGUUUGCAAAUUUUGGUUUUUGCUUUUGAUCAACUGUAGUGCAAUAAUUCUUUGUACUGCUAGGCAUCAGCAGAUGGAUUGGAGAUAAAGAGUGUUAUGUUGAAAUGAAAUGAAAUGAACUUGCUCUCUUUUUUUUUUAUUUGAAUUCAUUCUUAAUUCAAUCUCAUAUUUUAUAUUGUAAUCUCUUAUGUAUUGAAUUAAAUUAAUGUAUUAUGUGUUGAAUU